AUGAAUGGCUCGGGUGGCCUGGAUACUGAGGACGCGAGCGAGGCGGCCGGCGCGGGGAGCUGGCAGCCGGAGGCAGUCAUCGUGCCUGUGCUAUUUGCGCUCAUCUUCUUCGUGGGCACCGUGGGCAACGCACUGGUGCUGGCCGUGCUACUGCGCGGCGGCCAGGCGGUCAGCACCACCAACCUGUUCAUCCUCAACCUGGGCGUGGCCGACCUGUGUUUCAUCGUGUGCUGCGUGCCCUUCCAGGCCACCAUCUACACCCUGGACGGCUGGGUGUUCGGCUCGCUGCUCUGCAAAGCCGUCCACUUCUUCAUCUUCCUCACCAUGCACGCCAGCAGUUUCACGCUGGCCGCUGUCUCCCUGGACAGGUAUCUGGCCAUCCGAUACCCGCUGCACUCUCGCGAGCUGCGCACGCCUCGCAACGCGCUGGCGGCCAUCUCGUUCAUCUGGGGGCUAUCGCUGCUCUUCUCCGGGCCCUACCUGAGUUACUACCGCCAGUCGAGGCUGGCCAACCUGACCGUGUGCCACCCGGCGUGGAGCGCGCCUCGCCGCCGCGCCAUGGACCUCUGCACUUUUGUCUUCAGCUACGUGCUCCCCGUGCUGGUGCUCGGCCUGACCUACGCGCGCACCCUGCGCUACCUCUGGCGCGCCGUCGACCCGGUGGCCGCCAGCUCGGGCGCCCGGCGGGCCAAGCGCAAGGUGACGCGUAUGAUCAUCAUCGUGGCCGCACUCUUCUGCCUUUGUUGGAUGCCUCACCACACGCUUAUCCUUUGCGUGUGGUUCGGCCGCUUCCCUCUUACGCGCGCCACCUACGCGCUGCGUAUCCUCUCGCACCUAGUCUCCUACGCCAACUCCUGCGUCAACCCCAUCGUUUACGCUCUGGUCUCCAAGCACUUCCGCAAGGGCUUCCGCAAGAUCUGUGCGGGCUUGCUGCGCCGCGCCCCGCGCAGAGCCUCUGGCCGCGUGUGCGUCGCGGUCCAGGGCGCCCACGGCAGCAGCGUGUUGGAGCGCGAGUCCACCGACCUAACGCACGUGAGCGAGGUGGCCGCCCUCUUUCCCUGCACCGGCGCCUCUCAGCGGCCAGCCCUCGAACCUGGUCCCCAGCCUGUCCUGCGGGACCAAAAUGCCCGCAAAGGCAUCCUGACAGUUAAUGUGACCUGAGUAGGGGGUAUGCUUGGGUGUUAAAAAAUUGGAGUCAGAGGUCGGGGGAUCGUGGAGGAAGUGUCAUCUGUUAAUAAAACACGCAAACCAUUUCAUGUGCAGUGACGCGCUGUGUCUCCGCAUCUCUCAUGGUCAUGAGGCUCCGUGGUAGGAAGCCUCCGGGACUUCACAGGGGAGCUCUGGAUGAAUGAGUGCUGGGU